UUUACUAAAUGUUUAUAGAUAAUCUAUGGAUAUUGGUGAACCAAUAAAUGAAAAUAAAAAUACAUCCACAGAUUCAUGGACUAUGAACAAGAUUUUUAAAAAUGUGAAAAAAAUUAUGUACAGAAUGAAUGAUGUUUUUUCAAAUAUAAUAGGAAUUCCAAAAGCGAAAACUCCUAUUAUAAAAUUUUAUUAUAAUAGAACAAAUGUUUCUUGUGAUAUUUCAUUUAAAAAUAUUUUAGGUAUAUAUAAAAGUUAUUUAAUAAAAUAUUGUUUGUCUCUUGAUAACAGAUUGAAACCAUUAAUGAUGAUUAUUAAAUAUUGGGCACGACAUUUUAAAAUAUCAAAUGGACAAAAAAUAUCCAAUUAUGCUUUAGUUUUAUUAAUUAUCUUUUAUUUACAACAACCAUCUGUUAAUAUUAUUCCACCUUUGAUGGUGCUUCAAAAUACAUGUCAACCACAAAUUAUAAAUGGUUGGCAAGCUAAUUUUGAUGAAAAUACAGUAUUACCACCAAUUACAAAUAAGAAUAGUAUUCCACAACUUCUUCAUGGUUUUUUUUUCUUUUAUGCAACUUUUGAAUAUAAAUCACAAGUAAUAUGUCCAAUAGAUGGAAUGAUACAUACAGAAUCAGAGUUUAAAGAAAUAGAAAAUUUACCAUUAUGUAUGAAUAGAUAUAAAACAUAUGUAAAAGAAGAUGAUAAUCUUAAAUUCAUUAUUAACAAACCAAUGUGUGUACAAGAUCCUAUAGAAUUAAGUCAUAAUGUUACAGCAAAUACAAAGUUCUCUACAUUAAAUUCUCUUGUAAAAUAUUGUGCAAUUGGUGCAGAAAUUUGUGCAAUGACUAGCAAAAAUAAUUAUAGAAAUCUAAUAAAAACUUUAUUUACCACAGUUAUAAAAAAGAAAAGUAAUCUUAAAUUUAAUAUUACUAUUUCUGCAAAUCAAUUUCAAUGUGAAACAAAUAAUAUGGAAACAUAUAUAGAUAGAAAAAAAAAAUUUUCCAGAAAAGAUUGGUAUUCUAAUGUUUUUAAUAUAGUAAAAGAUACUUUUGAAAAAGUUUUCAAAUUACAACUUGAAAUAUUUCCAGUUGAAACAGGAGCAAAACAGCAAAAGAUUGAUAUAUUAUCAGAUAUUCGUAUAGACGAACUGCAAAAUAUUAUAUUUCAUUGUACUGGAUCUCAUUGUGUAUGGCGUAAUAGACGAAUUAACAAUAUUAUUUUAGAUCCCAGUUUGAGUUGUCUUCAAAAGGAAGCUUUUAUAUCAGAACAAGUACUAGAAAAUUACAAUAAGGAAAAAGGGACAAAUAGAAUAAGUUUAGAUUUUAUAUGUAUGUUUAAAAAGAAAAAUCCUUUAAAAAUUAUUUUAACUUUAAAUAAUAAAAAUUGUGAUGAUCAUAUUUUUCAAGAAUUUGCAUGUUUUGCUAGAGAUAAGUUAGUUGAAAUAAUAAAACAAACAUUAAUACACAUACAACAAUUUAAUAAAUGUUAAUAUCACAUUUGUAUAUUAUAUGCACAUAUUAAAUACUUAAUUUUGGACCAAAAA